AUGGCUUUCGUCUCCGGCGGCGGAGGAGGCCUACCACCCCAGCCCGGAGUUCCAGCUCCAGGAGGCUCAAAUGGGCCUCCCGUUGCUGUCCAAGCGCCGGCCGCCACUCAACUAGCUGCACAUCAACAGUUGUCUGCUUUGGCAGGCAAUCAACAUUUCCUGGACGCUUUACUUCAACAACAACUCCAGCAACAACAACAAGCCGCUGCUCAAGCGAAUACGCAAAAUCCAUCAUCACAGCUGGUAAGCCAUCUGCUGGCGACUGCGUUGUUGGGUGGAUCGAAUCCCCUUGCGGCUGUAAACCAAAUGGCUAGUGCUGGAUCAUCGUCGACUGUAGAACCACAAGGGAUGCAAUUGUUGUCAGUGCUACAGAACCAAUUGGCAUUUGGUCAACUUCUGCCUCAGUUCCAGGGUGGACAGAAUCUUAGCACUAUCAAUCCACUUCUGAAUCCAGCAAUAGCGCUUUACUAUCAACAGCUCUUGCAACAACAACAACAGCAACAACAAUCACUUCUACAACAACUUGCACAACAGCAAAUUCCUCAAGCGCAGGCUGUCCAAGUUCCUCAGGCUCAUGCAUUUCAGCCUCCUUCACAAGCUUCGUCCGGAAGCGUAGAGUCACAAUUGAAUGCACAAGAGCGCCUAAUGAAUGCUUAUCUGAAUGAGCAGCAACAGCAAGCUGGUCCGUUCAAUAUUCCGUCCAGAGAUCAGGAACAAGCCCUUAUGAAUCAUCAGGUUGCGAGCGGAACCCAUAUUCCACAUGUUCAACAUCAUCAUGAUCGAACUCCUACAGCAACAUCCAGAAAUUUAGCUGGUGGAGCUGGUGGAGGCAGUGGUGUGGAUGUUGAAUCGGUUGAGGAAAAAAUCUCGCGGCUCAUCAGCGAGAACGAGGCGAUCGUGCAACCGCAUCAGACGCUUCUGAAGCGAAGGCCAUACCAUCGACAAGCUGGUGGCCAAUCAUCUAUUGAUCAUGAUAGCAACAGUGGCGGUGAGUACGGUUCAACGCGAACGUCUCCUGGAAUCAGAGACCAUCGAAUGUUGCAGUCGAGCAGUCGAAGUCAGUCGCACUAUGAACCUUUACUUAGCGCCAAAGUUGCAUUUGGUGGCAGCUUGACGUCAGGUCUUCCAAUUAAUAGAAAUAUCAAACAGGAAUCGCUGCCGACGUGCUCGUUCUGCCUUUUGACUUUUCCUAAUGAAGCCGGGUUACAAGUGCAUGAAAUUCGUUGCAGCAAAAAGGUCGAGGCUGCAAACGCAGAGGCAGAGAAACUGCGAGCCGAGGCGGCACUGGCGUUUCAGACCGCAGCAAGAACUCCGGAUACUGAUUCUCAUAGUCGCCAUCCGCUCAAAAGAAGGCUGCUUGCAGCAGUGGCUGCCGAGCAACAUAGUCCCACGAAGAUCCCUCGACCGGAGUCCCGAGACAUUGUAGUCAUAGAGGAGCGGAAAGCAUCAGUUAUUGACAAAAAGGAACCAAUUAUAGAGCUGGAUGUUGAUCAUCCUAGCCUUCCACGUAGAGCGACUAUAGCGGCAAUAUCGUUGAGUCAACAACGUGGUCACUCAGUAGCAGCUCCGAUAGCAGUAUCUGCGAUACCAUCCGUUAUGCAACCCGUGCCACAUGCUCCGGCUCCUAUGUGCGCCCUGCAGACGGGUGGAGGGUCGUCUGCUUUCGUUUCUCCUACGGGAUCAGCUUUCGUGCCUCAACCUGCCCCCGCCAACCAGAUUCCUAAGAAGGAGGAAAAUCCGUUCAGCAUUGAAGGCCAUGUACUAGACGGGAACACAGAAAAACCGUAUACAUUAGUACUUACACAGGCAUGCAAAGUACAGGCUACAACUGACGUGGCUACCGUACGGAGGUCUCGUGGUAGAAAUAUCACAAGUGAGACGUUUGUUUGCAUGCACCGUGCUCAGCCAAUGUUUGUUGAACAGAAGGGGAAUUUGUCAAUGUACAGCAACUGGCAUCAGGUGAACAUAAAUGAGGCUGAAUCAAAGUUGAAUUUGCUGUAUAUGGGGAUGUGCUCGACAAGGCCGCGAACAGGUGUGAAGCCAUUCUGGCGAUAUAGUGUUGCUAAUCGAGACCAUGGUCAAUACAAAAUGACCCAUUCUUCCUUUUGGGAGUACAGAAAUAAGGUAAAACGUCAAGCAGAACAAAUGCAAAACGCCAAGGAAGAAAAUGAAGAUGAUUUGCAGCCAUUUCUUGACGGUCUCGGCAAUGAUGCAAAGCCAGCUGUCGACGAAGCAAAUGACGUUGUCUCUUCCGCCACCAUUGGAACAGGAGAAAUGGCUGUAACAGAAUCUGUGAAAGAAGAAGCAGAUGCCACGACAACAAAGUGCAAGCAGACGAACGAGCCGACGAAAUUAGUGAAAUCGACGAAGAAGCAGGAGCCCAUAAUCGGCGGAUAUCGCACGGAUGAGGUGUAUGUUUACGUUCGUGGAAGAGGUCGGGGACGAUACGUCUGUGAUCGAUGUGGGAUUCGAUGUAAAAAGCCAAGCAUGUUGAACAAGCACAUCAAAUCUCACACAGACAUUCGCCCGUACAAGUGUAAGGAAUGCAAUUUUUCGUUUAAGACUAAGGGAAACUGGACGAAACAUCUCAGCUCUAAAACUCAUCGAAGGCGUCUUGUACAAGGCAGUGGAAACGAUAGCGACAACGAGGACGGUCUUGUGAUUGCCAGUCCGGACGAUGAUGUAAAUGAACAACGAUUUCCAUUCGACGAAAUGGAUUCUAUUUUGGACAGAGCGGCCAGCUCAGAUGAUGAGGCUGACGAUCAUUUGCCACCAGUGCAGGAAUCGAUCGAGAAUCCAUACAGGAAAUUUGGACAAGAGAAUAUCUUGUUGGAACGGGUUGCUCACACGCCGCCUUCCCGAUGGGUUCUGGUUGAUGAGGAAGUUGAGAGUAGUUGGCCAGAAGCUGAACGAAUGAGACACUGUAGCUCAGCUCCACCAUCCGCUAUCAGCCCUACAAAAGAAGAAGUUCGGGAGGAGCAAACGACUACCUCACUAAUAGCCUCAAUAGGUUCCACGCCUUUACCGACAGUGAUGGCAGUGCCAUCAACUUCGUUCAUUGGUCAACAACCUCAGCAACAACAGCCUCCACAACAGCAACAACAACAACAGAACUUCACAGUUCAUCAAACACCAGCACCAGUCUAUCCAUAUUUGUCGAAAGAGGAGUCAAUGAGGUGCAACCAGUGCGAUCGAUCGUUUCGCAAAGCAUCCGAGCUCACCUUGCAUCAGUACACGCAUGAUAUUGAAAAACACCAUGCUAGAAAUAGAAUGUUUCAGUGUCCAGAGUGCAGAAUUCCAUUGAGGACAAAGGCUUUACUAGCGAAGCAUCUCGAGGCCUCACAUGGUAGUCAUAUAGAUGACAGUGUUACUGCUAGUAUUGAUCCUUGCGCGUCCACACAAUCUGUCCUCGGUGGAUCAGCCCCGAUAGCCUCGAAUCCUCGAUCGUUUGUAUGUUCCGAUUGCAAUAUUGGCUUCAGAAAGCAUGGUAUCCUUGCGAAACAUUUGAGGUCCAAAACUCAUGUGAUGAAAUUGGAAACGCUCAAACGGCUGCCAGAAGACUCACUCUCAUUGAUCACUAAAAGGGACAAUGGUGCCUGUUUGAACGGUGUGGAUACGACUGACUGUGAAAAAGCUCGCAAAUCAUUGUAUGAAAUUGUCGAGACAAUACGAGCGGAAAACCAACGGGCCUCCAUGCAAAUGGCAGCUGCGGCAGCCGCAGGCACUGUAAAGCCAGCUAUUCAGACAGCUAAUGUUCCGGAUGGGUUGGAUUGUAGGGAACAGCUUGCUGCUUCGCCAUCACCUGUCACUAUUGCUGUAAAAAAAGUAGUUGAACCGGUGUUCAAUGGCCAGCGAUCAGAUGUUGAGGAAAACCCUCAGCUGCCUCGUUCACUAACCGAACCUGUUACAACGACAGCUGUUGUUGAUGUUAAUAAUGUUCCACGAAACAGGUGUGACCCCGCAGUGCGAUCAAACUCUACCAAUCCACCGCGUCGCGACGAGGUUCCUAGCAUAAAACUCGUGUCAGCGAACGUAUGGAUACCUCCUCGUGCUGAGGAACGACCUAGCUCAUCUCGUGACUCAAACAAUAUCCGAGCUGUGCAAGAGGUAGUAGCUGAAUUAAGGGAGGAUAAUGAAGCAGAGCGCAGCACGUGUUCGUCGCCAGUGCUACGCAUUUUAAAUAGCAAUGGUCAUGCUGCUUCACCUUUAAUGCCUCAGGGCACCAAGUGCCAGAUUUGUGGGGUUAACGCUGAUUCUCCUAUAGAAUUACAGGUCCAUCUCUACUCGGAUCACAUUUCAAUUCGCGAUGGAAAGGAUUUGAAGUGCCCAAAAAGACAUUGUGAUAAGGUCUACCCAAACAAAGAAAGUCUCAGACUUCAUAUCAUAGCACAUUAUCAACAGCGUGUUGAUGCAACACCAGAGGCUAGAGAAGAUGACUCAGUUUCGUCUGUUACAUCAGCGUUAGCAAGUCGUCUGGCGGAAGACGUCACUGAUGCGCGUGGUUCACCCAUGUCAGAUGCUAGUGAUGGUUCGUGGCCAAGUCCAGCCAGCGUUGAAGUUUCUCGCGCUGGAACAGCCUCAGAAAUGAAAAAAGCUCAAGAAGAAGAGCAAAUGAGUUUGCCGUGCACUCUUUGCAAUAAAACCUUUAAUGAUGCAGUCACGCUGCAGCAACACUGGUUUGGUCAUGUUUCGUCAAGAACCCAUGUUUGCCAGGUUUGUGAUGCUGGAUUCACCACAUCGGAUGCCCUUGCGCAACAUUCCCUUACUCACUCUUCAGCGCCUCCCACGCGUUAA